AUGGACGGUUUGCAAGCCCUCCUGACACCAGCCAACGGGCAAGGAGAGGACGACGAUCUAGGGUUCAAUGCUGCUCAAGACAUUCACCAACCCUCGCUGUCAGGGGCCGCCGACGCUAGGCCAGGCACUUUUCUUUUGGCCUUGACCUUUGCGGCCGGAAUCAGCGGUCUCCUGUUUGGAUAUGACACGGGUGUUGUUUCCGCAACCCUGGUGUCGAUUGGGACGUCAUUGUCGAACCGCGAGCUCACUUCCAUGGACAAGUCAAUCAUCACGUCGUCAACCUCGCUCCUUGCCCUUGUCGUAUCGCCGUUUUCAUCCAUGUUGGCCGACCGCCUGGGCCGCAAACGAGUCAUACUGUACGCAGACGUGCUCUUCGUCCUGGGAGCCAUCGUGCAAGCAGCAUGCUCUGCGGUGCCCGCCAUGGUCGCCGGGCGCUGCAUCAUAGGUGCUGGCGUUGGAGCGGCCAGCUUCGUGGUGCCCCUGUAUAUCGCAGAGCUGGCCCCCGCCUCCCACCGCGGACGGCUGGUGACGGCCAAUGUCAUGUUCAUCACGCUGGGGCAAGUGGUCGCAUACCUCAUUGGCUGGCUGUUCUCAACCUUUGGCUCCCAGGAAACGGCAUGGCGGUGGAUGGUUGGGCUUGGUGCUCUUCCCGCCGGUCUGCAAGCCGCCGUCAUAGCUUUUAUGCCAGAGACGCCACGGUGGCUUGUCAGCGUGGGCAGAUCUGUCGAAGCAAAGGCCGUUCUCGGUCGAGUCAGCGGAGGAGCAAGCGGAGCCAAAGAGGCCGCAGCGACGAUAAGAGAGAUUGAAGUGGAGAUGCGCGAGGAGGAGGAGGCUAGGAAGGGGCGCCGUCAGCAUGGCUCGAAAAGCAGCUGGCUCGGUCGAUGGCAGGACCUUGUCCACGAGCGCAAGAACCGACGGGCCCUGGCCAUUGCAUGCCUGCUGCAAGGUCUGCAGCAACUGUGUGGCUUUAACUCCCUCAUGUACUUUUCAGCCACGAUAUUUGCCAUGGUUGGGUUCGACAGCCCGACCUUGACCUCGCUCACAGUUGCCGUCACCAAUUUCCUCUUUACGUUGACGGCGCUGGGACUGGUGGACCGCGUCGGACGACGGCGCGUCUUGCUGUAUUCGAUACCCGUCAUGAUAUUGGGCCUGCUUCUCACGGCGUGGGGGUUCUCGUUUCUCCCCAUCGGCGAGAUGCAACCCAAGGGUCCGUCGUCGGAUCCCGGAGCCCAGGCUCAGGCUGCGGCUGCAGCGCACAUGGUCUUGGUCAGCAUCAUGGUCUACGUGGCGGCAUACGCCCUCGGGUUAGGAAACGUCCCCUGGAUGCAGAGCGAGCUGUUUUCCUUGUCGGCACGGUCACUCGGAAGCGGCAUUGCCACCGCGACCAACUGGGGCGCCAACUUUGCGAUCGGACUGACUUUCCUGCCCUUGAUGGAUGCGUUGAGCCCCCCGUGGACGUUUGUGCUGUACGCCCUGAUAUGCGGUGGGGGAUAUAUCCUGGUCUGGAGGAUAUACCCGGAAACAGCGGGCCUGAGUCUGGAGGAAGCAACGGCAUUGUUGGAGCGAGGCUGGGGCGUAUGA